GAGAGACACCGAGAGAGAGAGAGAGAGAGAGAGCGGAUUGCAAGGAAAGAAGCAGGCACCAGCUUGACAGUGUGCCUCAGCGUGCUCUCCUGUACUUCUCUGAAAUGCUCACGCUGAGAGGGAGACCCUGUUUUCAGUGCUUUUGUAGUGGACCUCCAUACAUCCUGCUUUUCCUGCUGUGGAUUUAAUCCUUUUUUUUUUAAAUACUCUGGGGCUCUACUGUUUCUUUUCUAAGAAUUAUUAUUCUUGUUAUCAUUUAUCCCUGUGGGACUGUCCCCCUACCUGUUUUACCCAACCCCCCCCUUCAGAAAACAACGCAACUGCAGGAAUUCUUCUCCGGCUUCCAAAAAUUCACCGUGCACGGAGCCUGGCUGAAGAGAGGAGAGAGGGUUAGAGGCAGCCUUACAAGUGCUGGACUUUACUUACUCCUUUCUUUUUAAAAAAAGGAAAUGACCUUCAUCUGAGCGAGUUACGUGGAAGAGGAUUUGGAGCUCUCGAUCUUUGGGGUGGGGGGGCAGUCGAGGAGCAGUGAGAGGAGGAACGGGGAAACGAGGGAGCAAGGAGAAGCCCCGGGGAGGAGAAGAGAAGUUGUGGGAUGAUUCUGGGUGGCAUUAGCCGGGCGGGGCCCGUCCCAGCCUUCCUGCGGACCCCAGCCAUGAUACAGCCCCACCUGGACCUGAAGUCCUACCUGCAGUUUCCCAUGGAGACCGCCCCCCCACCCAGCAUAGGCCUCUUCCACAACUUCAGCGCCAUGGACCCGGUUCAGAAGGCCGUGAUAAACCACACCUUCGGAGUUCCGCCGGUCAAGACCAAGCGCCCUGUCAUCUCCUGCAAUGUCUGCCAGAUCCGCUUCAACUCCGAGAGCCAGGCCGAGGCGCACUACAAGGGCAACCGGCACGCCAGGCGGGUGAAGGGCAUCGAGACCUCCAAGAGUCGCCCGCAGGACGGAGACAAGGCCCCGCCCGUGCCCACCGCCUCGCCCUCCCCGCCCAGACCCCCCUCGUCCGCCCCAGACGCCGACCCUGGAAAACCAGAUGAAAUGUCACAGCCCCUCCCACAAAUAAAUGGCCCCCAGCUGGCUCCUGGCUCCCUCCCCCUGUCAGCCCCUCCCAUCCCAGACCCCACCCUCCUGUCUGUCUGUCAAUCCCUGGCCCCUCCCACUGCCCCAGUCCUGCCCUCCUCUUCCUCCUCCCCCGGCUGCGUUACCCCCCACCCUGACCAGGGAGGCCCCGCCCCUGUUGCUGCUGGAGGCCCCGUCCCCAGCCCCGCCCCCAGCCCCCCUGAGUCUGAGGAGGACAAAGCCAAGAAGCUGCUGUACUGUUCACUGUGCAAAGUGGCCGUCAACUCCCUGUCCCAACUGGAGGCUCACAACAAAGGCACCAAACACAAGACGAUUCUGGAGGCCCGCAGUGGGCUAGGCCCCAUUAAAGCAUACCCCCGCCUGGGCCCCAGUCUGAGCGGGGAGCCAGGAGGGGCCUCAGGGGACCCCAACACUCAGGAACGCACCUUCCACUGUGAGAUCUGCAACGUGAGGGUCAACUCUGAGCUGCAGCUCAAACAGCACAUAUCGAGUCGGAGACACAGGGACGGGGUGGCAGGAAAGCCAAACCCUCUGCUGAGCCGGCACAAGAAGCACAGGACCCCGGACCUAACGUCCACUCUUCCCUUCUCUAAGGACAUCUCCAAGGCUCUAGGUGCCGGCCUCCUGCCCAGCCCCCUGGCUGUCGCCGCGGCGAUGGCGGCGGCCGCCUCCUCCAACCCGCUGGCUCUACGCGCGGCAGGCCCUGCCCCCCACCCGCACGCGCACCUAUUGCAGGGUCCGCCCCUCAGCCACGCCCUCCUGAGGCCAGCGCCGGGGCCCAUCCGCACCGCCCACGGGCCAAUCCUCUUCUCUCCGUACUGACACGCCCCGCCCACCCCUACCCCUCCACCGACCACCCACUUCCCUUCCCGCCCCUCCCGCCACCCAGCUUCGGCCAAUCAGGAGCUCCUCCUACAAAAAGCACACUGUGAAGAGUUUCAGCCAAGAAACAAAUGAGGGGAAAGACAACAUGGACGCCAAGAAUUUGGAACGUCAUCUAUAAACAAAGCGACUAUAAAGAGGUAAUGAACGGCUGAAUUGGAGAGGAAGAGAAAGAGGGGGAGAACGUCUGAGGAAAGAGAGCGCACCGCUGUUUCCCUCCCUCCCCCCCCCCCCCUCAGAACGGCUGGGUGAAAGGGGUGGAGCCGUUUGGCCGGACCCCUCCCACACCUCCACUGCCCCUCCUCCCUGUUCCCUCUUACACUGUGAGACCAUUACAGGAGCCUGUAUUUCCAAACCACAGUCAUACCUAUCAGCAAACACGCACAAACACACACACAAACACCCACACACAUACAGAUACACACCCAAAAACACACACACACACACAAGCACAUGCACACAUACAGACAUAAACCCACAAACACACACACACACACACACAGACAUAAACCCACAAACACACACACACACACACACACACACACACAUACAAGCACACAGACACACAUACAGACAUACACCCACAAACACACACAUAUUUCAGCAUGCUCACAUACCCACACAAACACACACACACCAUAGCAUGAACACAGCUGUACCUAUAUGGACAGACACACACACACACAAACACACACACCAUAGCAUGAACACAGCUGUACCUACAUGGACAGACACACACACACAUAGACUGCAGGCUGCAGCAGAGCUCUCCUUCGUCCUGGUUCAGUGUCUUUGCACACCCCCCUAUGCACUUCAACACUAAGACACAAUGUUACUUCAGUAGGGUAGCCGCUUCAAGUGAUCUUUGCUGUAAAAAACUUGUGCCCUGUGUAGCUUUGGCCUCCAAAAACACUGUAUUAAAUAUAAAAAAAAAACAUUAACUUCCUGUUUCUGGGGUCAGAUAGACAAGCAAUAAGUCCUUUUUCUGAAUAUAAUUGUGAUGGGACGCACUAGAGACUGGAGGCGGAACCACAGGACUGCGCGACUGCGUUUAGAUCCUUAACCCGAGGGACUCGUGCCCAUCCCACCACCAGGGGGCAGAAGAGAGCAGGAUAAACAGACACUGUGGAUUAAGGAGGUCCCUGAAAGAGAAGACACCGACUGAGAUAACAAUUCAUCUGUUAUAUUUUCUGAUGUGAGGCACACAUGUGACUUUCAUUUACAAUAAAUGAAGCGUGACAGAGAUAGAAAUGUUGGUAGAGAAAAAAAACAUAUCCAGGGAAGACUGAAAAUAGGUCGGUUUCCUCCUCAGUGUGGUACCAUGACCAAUAGAGGGUGCUGUGAGCAAAGCCAGCAAUAUAAUGGAAGGGGAAAAUAUGCCCUUCCAAAGCUGAGUGAAAGGGUAAACAACUGUCUAAUUAAAGGAGCAGUUUUCACACUGCUGCCCUGGUGAGACAGCCAUGCUGGUAAAAACCCAGAGUGGAUCUAACUGCCCUGUACUGGGAGUCUCAUUUUCCCCUUCACUCAGUCAAUCUCACUGUGGGUCAGACACAGGUUAGCAAUUAGCCUGCGCUGCUAAUCACACUUUUGGUUAGACACAGGGAGAGAUUAACCUGUGCUGUUAAUAACAAUGUGGGUCAGACACAGUUUAGCAAUUAGCCUGUGCUGCUAAUCACACUAAUCACACUGUGUGUCAGACACAGUUUAGCGAUUAGCCUGUGCUGUUAAUCACACUGUGGGUCAGACACAGUUUAGCGAUUAGCCUGUGCUGUUAAUCACACUGUGGGUCAGACACAGUUUACCAAUUAGCCUGUGCUGCUAAUCACACUGUGUGUCAGACAAAGGUUAGCGAUUAGCCUGUGCUGCUAAUCACACUGUGUGUCAGACAAAGGUUAGCGAUUAGCCUGUGCUGUUAAUCACACUGUGGGUCAGACAUAGGGAGAGACUGGCUUGCCGUAUUUCUGUGUGUUCAUAUAUGCAGUCCAGGAACAGGGAUCAGAAGCACAGCCGACCACACCCGACCUCAACAGUCCAGUUUUUCUCUUCCUCUUGGCCAGCAGGUGAGGCGGUUAUGCAAUGCUCACACCACUGGCUCCUUCCACACCGCUUCUGCCAAACAAGCCCACACUGUGAGAGAGAGGCCUCACCAGGCCCUUAAACAGGCAGAUGGCUCACCAAGUUUAUCAUAUUAAGGAAAAGAGCAAAGAGAUCUGAUUGGUUCACACGAGUGAUUGACAGCACACGAUAGCUCCACCCACUGUGAGGGUUCACAAAGCCUCAAUUUGAACCAAUCACUACACGCAGGGAAAGUCUGCUGAUUUGCUCAUAAACAUGAAUGAUGGACAAUUAGGCGGCAUCUCUGCCCUGCUACAGGAUUGCAUCACUGUGGGCAGUCGUUGUUCCUGUUUAAUGUGGACUUCAUCUCUGUCCAGUCUAAAGCCAUGCAAUGCAUCUUAUUUUUUAAAAUAGUUUCUAUUUUUUUCUUGAACAAGAAUCACAGGUCAGCCUGCUGUUUCUAUUUCCAUUCACUUAGAAUAAUUGUUAUAAGCAACUAGCGAUGUGAAAAUCAUAAUGGCGAGCAACAAAAAAAUAGCCUUUUUUAACAACAUAGAGGCUGGGGGAAUGCCUGCUCUCCUAGGGCGAGAAUGAUGUAUCUGUGUGCGUCUGGGGGGAUGGACAUUUUCUGUCAGAAAUGGGCCCUGGCAAACGGAUACGACUGAAAGCAGGUACCAGCAGAGUGACGAGCCCUGUGUUACGCGCCCUGUUUGAGGGAUAGGGUUGGCUCUACGGGGUCUACUUGCAUCAGUGCCACCAAGAGGCAUCGUGCUACAAUGUCUUACGUCUGUUUGGAUAUUUGCUGAGCUAUACGUUAUAUAUAUAUAUGGAGUUAUUGUCUGACUAUAGAUGUGUUGUACAGGGUUAUAUGAAUUAAAUUAACUGAGGAGUGUGUGUGGUCAAGUAAAGCCUACAUCAUAUUCUGUUCAGGUUUGACACAAAUCAUUCUAAAACAUUGUAUUAGUAAGGGCAGAAAGGUUAUGGUAUCUGGUGUUCAGUUUUGAUUCACCUGGCAUACUCUAUGGCAAUUGAAGUGAAUGCAGAUGGUGUACCUUUCUUCCCUGUUUUGAUCAGGAAAGUCUUGUGUGUGUGCGUGUAUGUAUAUGUACACAUACAUAUAUAUUUUUAAAAAGGUAUAUUAUUCUCAGACAUACUGGCUUUACAGUACUGUAGACUCCGCCCUUUCUGGGACCCUGCCUAUUGGAACCCAUAUCUGAACAGCAUACCUGCACAGGGGCAGCCAAUCACAUGCUUCUGGGUUAGACAGUGUUAGACAGUAGCCUACACUGCUGUAGAAUCUAUGCUCGCUUGACCAAAAUACAGCUGGACAUAAGCUGGUCUAGCUGGGUAUGAGCUGGUCAUAAGCUGGUCUAGCUGGGUAUGAGCUGGUCAACCAGCUCGUGCUGGUAGCUUGUCUGAGCUUCAAAACAUAGCUUGAGCUGUUUUUCCAGCAGUCUGGUGGAAACUGGAAGGAUUUGUUGGUUUGGGGGUCAGGGGGAACCAGGGAAAAACAACCAAUAGAUUGCUGCAGGCAACAAGAGCUCUAACCAACCAGUAGAUCGCAACAGGCAACAAGAGCUCUCGUAACACGUAGCCCCACCCAUGGUCAGUUAUUGGAUGGUGUGAUGUUAGUGGUGGUGAGCAAAUGCAACCUGAAGGCUUUUAUCUGGCCCAGGUCUGUAGCAGAAUCACAAUGGGCCCAGGUCUGUAGCAGAACCACAAUGAGCCCAGGUUUAGUGAGGUUGUGUGUACUGACAUCCAAAAACAAACACCAUUUAACACCAUAUAUCUGAUUUUCCUAUUCCCCUCCAUGCUUGAGAGACAGAGAGAGCGAGAGAUGCGGUUCCUUUAACACUGUUUUCCGUCACAGUAAAUAUGAUUUAAAAAGUAGCUGUUUGUUAGAGCCAUUGGAAAGGUAAUACCAAUGCAGUCGACAUUUCUUUAAAAAAAGAAUAGAAAUAAUACAAAUACAAUGCAAGAAAUGAAAAAGACACAUUUCCAGGACGGGUGUGAUAUUAGUCCUGAGUUGUGUGUGAACCUCAGUCAGGGUUUCAGCCCUCUCCUCCCACGGCUCUUGGGAUGAAAGCGCUUUGGCAACAAAAGUCUCAUGCCAAUUAAUGUCUUUUAUUUUUGUUGAUGUUGUUUUUUUUUAUUUUGGAAAAAGAAAGUGUAACAUACGUUUGCUGAACUGUAGCAAUACUUUACCCCUACUGGCUACUCCCGUUUAUUGCAAUAAGUAAAUCAACCAAUAAAUACAUAAAUGAAUUUAAAAAAAGAGAAUAAAGAGAUGUAAUUUAAAUAUUAAAAAUGUUAUCAAGAGCAACUUGAGACCAUAAUGGAAAUGAAUACAAAACAAAUCUGUAAAUGUCUAUAAGAAUAUGAAACCUCUAGAGCUUUGUUCUUGAUGAUUUAAAAAAGGAAAAUAAAGAAUUUUAAAAUGGAA